AUCUAGAGAAACUUAGAAAAGUCUUCUUCUUCUUCCUUCUUCUUCUUCUUCUUCUCUUAUACAUGUUCCUUCUUCUUCUUACUUCUCCAGAUUCUUAGUAUCAAUCAUCUCUGCAAAAACGAACUAUGGAGGAGAACGAGCGCUUGUCAAUGAAGAGAAAAGAUAUAGACAGAGUAAACGAUGACUUCUCAGAUUUCUCCCUUUCUUCUCCAGCCAGGAAGAUUCGUCGUCUGGAUGUGGAUUUGCCACCGAUUAUGGAGGAAGAGGAAACUGAUUUGCCGAUGCAAGAGACGGCUGUUGAAGAAAUUGAGGUUUCUCCGGUGAAUGAUGAGAGAGCGAUUGUUCUGUUUAAACCUAGACAUUGUCAUCAGACCUGUUCUGGGAACUUAUUUGUUGAUAGAGAUUUGAUUUCUGGGUUUAAGAAUAGGUUCCUUCGUGAUGCAUCGAGAGCUGAUGAUGAUCUCUAUGAAGAUCAGAGAUCCAACAAGUGCCAAGCUGUUGUUUGUUGGAAUCCUUCUCAGACUCCUUACUCACAGUCUGUAGGUACCUUCCAACAACCGCGUACACUAGAGAUUACUGAGUUGGAUGAGACAGGUGAGGAUGCGGUAAUGGAUGACGCAGCCAGUGAGAUAGAUGAGGAUAGUGGAAACACUUCUCUAUCAUUUCCUCAACCAGCGCAACAGCAGCUGCAUCAAGAGCCCACCUAUGGUUUUGGUUUGCAUCAGUGGCAGCAACAACAGAACUGUAUGAUUCCACAGCUUCCUCAAGUUAGCACUACUCCCACUCCCAUCACUUGGUUCCGAUGAUAUGGCUUAUGCCUGGGAGACAGUAGCCCAUCAUCAGCGAAUGCACGGAGAAGUAUAGAGUCAGGAGCCCAUCAUCAGUUCACGCACGUAGUAGAAAAGUAGAGGCAGAUUUGUUGUUAGUUUUGUUCUGCGUUUUUGCGGGUAUUAGUAGUUUUGUUGCUGUAAACCAAAACCACUGGCUCUUAGUUGUAGUUCUAUGUUUUGGAUGUCUUCAAAAUAACAUGACAGAUUAAUACAUUCUAGCUCGCACGCUCUUGGACAAGUAUUUAAGCAUA